AUGCCCGGGGACGGUGACCUUAUCGUCCCUGUUCGUAUUCAAGCCUCGCCAAGUUGUCCUCUUAGAGCAGCAGCAGAGGCGCGUAGCAGUGCCUUACCUAUGGCAAAGCCCAAACCCGAAAACCCGGACAAGUUGAAGCCCGAGGACGAGUCUGUUCUGACAUUCUCCGUCAUGGGAGUUCCAAAGUCCUCAAGCGCUUCCUCUCCGCAGCUCAAAUUGAGGUCUAUUUAUGGCGUCCAGCGUGUCUGUAUGUCUUGUCUCUAUGUGUGCUUGUUCCCAUGCUAUCACCUGAUAAAUUUGGACUUCCGACAUGAGAAAACAAAAAAGAAGUGCGGUAGCUAUCGAGGAGGGCAAAUCGACCUGCAAUCCCACUCGAUAAAAUGUGUGGGCUGCAGCAUGUAUAUUGCUGAACUACUUCUACGCCGGCCUUUCCUGCAGGAAAUACUGAUGGAUCAACUAGGAAAGAUAUUCGGUGUUUUCGGUACCCCAAAUAGAUCACAGUGGCCAGAUAUGGUGUAUCUUCCCGAUUAUUUGGAAUACCAAUAUGCGCCUGCUCAACCAUUGCGCACAUUAUUCCCCGUGGCAAGUGAUGAUGCUUUGCACCUUUUAGGGAAGAUGUUUAUGUAUGAUCCGAAAGCAAGAAUUUCAGUACAACAGGCUUUGGAGCAUCGUAAUAGUGCUCCGGAACAGGUGACAACCCAGAAGAAGCAAGAAGAACAUGUGGAUGUCACAAAAGAAACAAAUGGAGAUGCAGAGUGUGCUGUUUCUGAGCAAGCCAGAAGUAAAAAGAAGAGGAAAAAGGGUAAAGAGGACCGCACAGUUGCUGAGCUCGGACAGGCAUCCGAAGUUACAAUCGUCAAUGAAAAGAUAAAUGAAUCUACUAAGUCAAAGACGUCAACGGAAUCCAAUGGUGAGGAAGCUCUUGAGUCAAUAGAGGAUCAUUCAAAUAAGAAGCAGAAAGAGAAGAAGAAAAAGAAAAGCAUUAUCUCGGAAGCAUUACAUGCUAAUGAAAAGCAAAUAGAUGUUAUGCCAAAUGUGACUGAAAGUCAAGGUUUAUUAUCUAAGAGUUGUGCUGAAGAGGCACUUGAUGGAAAAAACACAACAGAUAAGAAAUCUAAAAAGAAAAUAUUCAAGGCUGCAGAGAAUGGGGUUAAUGAAUCCGAGAAGGCUUCCAAGAAGAGAAAAAGGAUGGAUCCUGAUGUAAAUGAAAACCAGUCUGGUGGGGAAGUAGCUGUUGAAGAAUCAAAGCCUAAGAAGUCAAAAAGUCUUGAAGAAGGCAAAGAUGUUGACCUUGUAGCUGAUGGACAUAAUAACAAACAAAAUAAAGAGAAAAAACAUGCGGGCUCCACAGACUUAUCUACUAAACAAACUGAUGGGAGCACUAAGGGUACUGUAACUGUUAACAGCAACGGAGUGGAUAAAUCAAGUCAGCCAAAAUCUGCAAAGAAACAGCGGAACAGUUGUGAUGAGCCAAACACAGUGAAUGCAUUUCAAAGAGUGAAAAUUGAUGAGGUGGAGUUCGUUGACGAGAGGCUUCAAGACAACUCAUAUUGGGCCAAGGAUGGUGCAGACACUGGUUAUGGUGCAAAAGCACAAGAAGUUUUGGGACAAGUCAAAGGAAGGGACUUCCGACAUGAGAAAACCAAAAAGAAGCGCGGUAGCUAUCGAGGAGGGCAAAUCGACCUGCAAUCCCACUCGAUAAAGUUUAAUUAUUCUGAUGAUGAAUGAGUGCGUUUAUGUCCCCGCCUUUUCGCCAUGAUGCCUUGAUUUCUCAAACUGUUGGUAUAAAUUUUGGUACCCAUCAUAUUGAUCUUUUACCCCAUAAUUACUGGAUGUCCCUCCCUCAAUUGGAAAAACAUUAAUCUAUUUAAAUUGUACACAUCUGGUUAUGAUUCUCCUCUUUUUAUAAGUAUUUGUUCUUGCUUGGAAAAACAUUAGUCUUGUUUUUGAACUUUUUCCAUUUUGUU